AUGCUCUGCGCUCACAUUGCUCAGGCUGUUGGUCCGGAGCUGUCCCUCGGCACGCGGCUUCUCACCACGGACGUGUUCAAUAUGGCCGAGGGCUGUGCAAACCUGAGCAGCGUUGUGAACGACGUCCUUUCUUUCGCGAGCCCGUACGUUAUGGCCGAGGGCUGUGCAAACCUGAGCAGCGUUGUGAACGACGUCCUUUCUUUCGCGAGCCCGUAUGUCGUCGUCAUACCGAGUGCACGACAAGCGUCACCCCGGGGUGGCGGAAUUCGCUCUGGCAUCUGUUGA